GUGGGCGUGGCUUCGCAGAAGUCGUUCUUCUCUAAGUAAAACCCCCAAACUCUGCGCUGGUACUUUUCACCGUCUCCCGCUUUCUCGGUAAGUUAAGCGGCUGCGCCCCCUACCGGUUGAUUUUAGAAGUGCUUUGAGCGCCUUAACGGCGGACUGGACUGUUUCUGUUCCUUCUGCUGACCGUCUUUCUGCUGUAGUCCGCAGUUCAGCGGGCUAAAAGUGACCGCAGUGCAUCUGUUGGGUCAGACAUUAAACCACACGGCUCCUGUGUCGAGCAGCAAUACUUUAACUCUCCGUACUGACUCCGGCUGGACCAGUCCAGGUCCUCCGUAAGCCUCUGAAAACUAAACGCUCGACCCAGCUGAGCGUCGAAUACCUGCCAGGCAUGACAUCUGGAAACCGCCCCAGUUCCCGGGCUGAACCGAAAGAGAAAGUAAAAGCGUCUGAAGGCAACGCACUGAACUCUUGUGCUCCACUGAGAGAGGCUCGCUCUUCCUGGUCUUCUCGAGGUGCAGUGGUGUGAAACGUUAGCGAGAAACAGCUGCAGUCGUCAGGAGGAAGAGCAGCGAGCAGGAUGGACUCGAGUCAGCUCCACUCACAGAAAACGGAUCAGAAAAGACCCAUCAAGAGAAUGAGGAGUCCCUCGCGAUUCACUCGUCCGUUCACUCGAGGGAGAUACUUUCGUCCUCGGUUUUAUUACAGGAAUCGGGAUGAUCGCUUUUCACGGCGGCCCGGGUUUGGCCUGAGGUUCCAGCGGUUCAACAGGGCCUCGUUUCUUCGGCUGAGUUCCAGAUCCAGGAGCCCAACCCUGGUUCUGAAACGGAAAGUCGAACUCUCGUCCUCACCAUCGUUUAGCCAGCACUCAGACAAGAGGCCAGAGAAGAAGAGCACAUCCACUACAGUCAGAGAACACAAGUCGAACACUCCAGAUCAUUCACGGUCAUCCUCUGUGGCCUCUGAAAGACCAGUGAUGUCAUUCACAGUUACUCAGGAAGGGCAGAUGUGCAGCGGUAGAGAAGCUCCCUCCUCAGUCACCCGCGCAGCUGCAAGAACCAGAGCCAUCCAGAAAAAGAGAGAGGAGAUAGAGGAGGUGUAUCGGCGUGACUGUGACACGUUCGGUGUCGUGGUAAAGAUGCUGGUAGCGAAGGACCCGUCCCUGGAGAGGCCAAUCCAGUUGUCCUUGAGAGAGAACCUGCGCGAGAUUGGCCUGCGCUGCGUGGAGGCCAUGGAGCAGUUCAUCCAGGAGUACGACUCCAGAGAACCAGGCACACUGCCCCCCUUGCAGCCUCACUGACCAGCCAGUCCUGCUGAAUAUUUUGAAGAAAACAAUGAGACUCGAGAUGCUGGUCGUGGCUGCCUCCACCCUUAAGCUACCAUUAUAACAAAAGACAGGCAGUGUUGUUACACACGUUUGUCCGACCUCUGUCAUGUGAAAAGAAAUAAUAUGCAUUGUGGGACGUUUACCUCAUCACUUGUGUGCACAUCAUGCGUACUGUCUACACGUGCCUCGCUGGCAUUGUAACUAGACUCUGUCCUUCACUCGUGGUUUACUGCCAUAGCUUUACUGACCAGUCAUUGUGAACAGAACACCAACGUCUCAUCACAGCUUGUAUAAUUCAGGAAACUUUUCUAACAGCUUUGCUUUUUUCACUUGAACGAUUUCAGGCAAAAAAAGAAAAAUGCAUUGCAAUAAAUGCUAGAAGGUUAGAAAACAAAAACAGGAAAACAUUUUCCCAGAUAAAUAUAUGCCUAAAUGGAACUAUUUAUUGUGCUUAUGGAAAGGGUAAGUUUAGAAAGGCGAAUUAAGGCAGUAGUUUAAUUCAUCAAUUAGGGCUUCACGCUAUGGACUAAAUACCUUAUUGCAAUUAGGCUGCAACAUUUUGCGAUGACCUUCCAAUAUACUGAAAACAGACUGGCGAGACCUUGAUGUUGUUAAAUUACUAUAAUUUUAAAUCUACACAAUGUUAUAUUUCUUGGAUCUUGUGGAUUACUUGAUUCAUCCAAACACCAUCAAUACAUCUCUGAAACAUGAAAUGUUUGGUUAGAAAACUAAUUUGUAGUGUAAAGUAUUAGUGCUGGGCAAUAUGACGAUAUAUAUUGUCAUUAUGAUAAAUUAUGCCGUAAUACUAUACAAGAAGCUUUUUGGAACAUAGAUAGUGUCCAUAUUUGUAGAGCAUGUUUAUUAUAAAGAGAGCAAAAUAAGGUUUACUGGAUUUAGUGCAACACUGUGUGUGAAAUACUGAUUCAAAAUCAGUGCAUUCAUGCAUUUGACAGUAUUUGUUUCAAAUGUAGCCUUACGGGUUCUUUUCUCUCUGUUCCAAAUCAUCAGAUGUCUAAAAAUAUAUAUUGACGUGGUAUAUCCUGAAAAUUGAUGAGAAUCGCGAUAUUAUAUUUGUGCCAUAUUUUUUUUUCCACUUUGAAUAGGGAUUAAUGGAACCAGAUUUUUUUUUUCAAAUCAUUCUGGAGAAUUUCUAUUGCUCCAUUUUACACACACACAUAUAUAUAUAUAUAUAUAUAUAUAUAAAAUCAAGGUUUUGUCCCAACAACGAUGGUAGUGGAGGCCAUUAUUGCAGUAAUGAUUAACAAUCAAUAUAUGGUGCAGCCCCACUGCAGAUCAUGGAUGCUGUUUACAGAAACCCCCACAGGUGCUUUUUUACUACACUGUCUUACACGAGUGAUAGAAUGGCGUAGCUUUAUUGACCAACCUGUUGUAAACAGGGCAACAGCGAACAGCUCAUAAAAUGCAGCAUGCAUGCUUAACAGAUUAGAUUUUCCCUCUUUUCCCCCAAAGACUAAAAAAGCCUCUUUACCAAGUAGUUUUAAAUGCCAAAAUGGCUCACAGCGUGAUCCGACCACCUCACUUAAGGAGGAUAAUGGCAAGAAAUCAUCAGCUACACAUGGCGUGGCAGAAAUGCACUUAGAAGACUACUUGACAAUUUGUGCAGCCCUGCACUUAAAAUAUUCAGAGAGUCCGUUUUUUUUUUUGUUUUUUUUUUGCGAAUCUCAUGGAUUUAUGGUGAACUGAAAACAACUCUCUGCCCAAACUGCUGCGUACACUUUUUGUUUGCUUCUGUUGUUUUUUGUUUGUGUUUGCUUGUUUUUCUAAAGCGAGAAACAAAUAAGUCUGUUAUUCAAGUUCUCAAGGCUUUGUACAUAUUUGAAUACACUGGGUUACAGGGCUCUUUUGCUGUUUCAGUGAAAAAGAGCCUCUUUCCCCUAAAGACA